CCCGCAAUGAAGAUGGUGGCGAGCGCGCGGGUGCAGAAGCUGGCCCGCCGCUACAAGCUGGCCAUCGCGGCGGCGCUGGCCAUCCUGCUCGUCCAGGGCCUGGCGGUGUGGAGCUUCAGCAGCUUGGAGGAGGACGAGCAGGGGGAGAAGGGGCGGCAGAAGAAGGCCCAGGUACUCGGGAACGGGGGAGGAUCAAAGGAUUCAGACAGCUCAGCAGGCCGACGGGGGAGCUUGAGCCGGAAGCACGGACGAUGGAAGAGUCGCCCAGACAAUCCCGGCGUUCUGGUGGCCAAGGUGGUACGAGCCGUCACGGUGAAGCACAAGCCUGGGCGGAGGAUGCCAGUCUACCUAGAUUCCUCAAGCCGGAGGAACCUGACAGAGCUCAGAGGGGAUGCCCAGCUGGCAGUGCUCCAACAGGGGGACACAGGCAGUGUGGAAGGGGCGCCGCAGCCCACCGAGAACAACUUCACUCCAAAGUGCGAGAUCACGGGCAAGGACGCGCUGUCUGCAUUAGCCAGAGCCAGCAGUAAGCAGUGUCAGCAGGAGAUUGCCAAUGUGGUGUGCCUGCACCAAGCGGGGAACCUGAUGCCACGCUCUCUGCCCCGGCAGUGCCAGCUCUCAGGGAAAGUCAGCCCCGUGAUCCAGUGGGAUGAGAGCAGGAUGCUCCAGGUCUCCGUGAGCAAGCCAGUCCGGAUCGCGUACGUGUUGGUGGUUCAUGGGCGAGCCAUCCGCCAGCUGAAGCGCCUCAUCAAGGCCGUGUAUCAUCAGCAACAUUUCUUCUACAUCCAUGUUGACAAGCGCUCCACUUACCUGCACCGUGAAGUGUUGGAGGUGGCCCAGCAUUAUACCAACAUACGGGUCACCCCUUGGAAUAUGGUCACUAUCUGGGGCGGGGCCAGCCUCCUGAAGAUGUACCUGCGCAGCAUGAAGGAUCUGCUAGAGAUGACGGACUGGUCCUGGGACUAUUUCAUCAACCUGAGUGCCACAGACUACCCAACAAGGACCAAUGAGGAGCUGGUGACAUUCCUGUCGAAAUAUCGAGACAAGAACUUCCUCAAGUCUCAUGGCCGAGAUAAUGCCAGGUUCAUCAAGAAGCAAGGUCUAGACAGACUUUUCCACGAAUGCGACUCUCAUAUGUGGCGGCUGGGCGAACGGCAGAUCCCGGAGGGCAUUGUGGUGGACGGUGGCUCAGAUUGGUUUGCCCUGACUCACAGCUUUGUGGAAUACGUGGUCUACACCAGCGACAAACUGGUCUCCCAGCUGCGGCAGUUCUACACAUACACACUUCUCCCAGCAGAGAGUGUGGCUUUUCUUGUUUCAGAAUGUGGAAGUGUUUGCAGUACACUCAGCACCCACAGACCUGCACUUUAUAUCAUGUCCUUUUUCCAUACCGUCCUGGAGAACAGCCACGCCUGCGAUACCCUGGUAGACAACAACCUCCGGGUGACCAACUGGAACCGCAAGCUGGGCUGCAAGUGCCAGUAUAAGCACAUUGUGGACUGGUGCGGCUGCUCGCCGAAUGACUUCAAGCCACAAGACUUCUUGCGACUGCAGCAACUCUCCAGACCCACCUUCUUUGCCAGGAAGUUUGAAUCAACCAUCAAUCAGGAGGUGCUGGAGAUCUUGGACUCCCAUCUCUAUGGUAACUACCCACCUAACACGCCAGCCCUCAAGGCCUAUUGGGAGAGUGUCUAUGACCGCGUGGAUGGGCUGAGUGGGCUCAGCGACGUCACCCUGACUGUGUACACAUCCUUCUCCAGGCUGGGGCUACAGAAAGUGACAUCUACGCGGGCGCAGAAAGAUGAGAGGCUUUGCAGAUUUGAGCCUCAGGGCUUCCCAUCCAGUGUGCAUCUGUAUUUCUAUGAUGACCAUUUCCAGGGCUACUUGGUGACUCAGGAGGUGCAGAACUUUGUAACCCAGCAGACGGAGUCUCUAGAAAUGUGGAUCAUGCCCCGAGGGACUCUCAAACUAGCAGGUCAUGGGAGACAGUCGAACCGUCUGCAGAAUCUGGAGGUGGGGACUGAGUGGGAUCCCAAGGAGAGGAUCUUCCGCAACUUUGGUGGUCUGAUUGGGCCUUUUGAUGAGCCAGUGGCUAUGCAGAAAUGGUCACGGGGUCCCAACCUCACAGCCACCGUUGUUUGGAUUGAUCCCACCUACGUCAUUGCCACGUCUUACGACAUCACCGUCGAUGCAGAGGCAGAGUUUACACAGUACAAACCGCCCCUGAACCGGCCUCUUCGCCCUGGUGUGUGGACCAUCCGUCUCCUCCAGUUCUGGGAACCCCUGGGGGAGAGCCAGUUCUUGGUGGUCCCGCAGACCUUCAAUCGCAAGCAGCCCCUCAGGAAAGAUGACGGCAGAUGGCUGCACUCCGGUCCUCCCCGCAACGAGUACAUGGAGCAGAAUUUCCAGGGCCUGGCUGGAAUCUUGAGCCUGCCACGUUUGGACGACACAGAGCGGGCUGCGUACCAGCACACCCAGCUGGCAGGCAAGGCCCUAGAGAACUGGACAGACAGCAGCAUCGGCAGCUUCUGGUCGGUAGCCGGCCUCUGCGUGGCAAGCCCUUUCAGUUGCUCCACCCUGGAGCUGUGUAGCAAAACCUCAUGGAGUUCACUGUCCCCAGACCCCAAAUCAGAACUGGGGGCCAUCAAGCCGGAUGGGCGGCUGAGGUAGCAGGGGCAGCCGGCAGCACAUUGCUGGGAGCAAGGAAGCAUCCACACGGCAGGUGGGCGUACGUUUCCCUGCGCACACAGAC